UAGGGUUUCCGGUUCGGGCUUCUUCCCUGUAGAUUCGAAGAAGAAGAGGGUGAAAUCGACGACGAAGUUAUGUGGGCAGCUUCGUGCCUCGCCUCUUGUUGUGCGUCCUGCGCUUGCGAGGCAUGCCGCUCGGUUGCCGGCAGCAUCAGCCGCCGCUCCGCUCGCAUCGCCUACUGCGGCCUCUUCGCCUUGUCCCUCGUCAUCUCGUGGAUCCUACGCGAGGUGGCCGCUCCUCUCAUGGAGUCCCUCCCGUGGAUUAAUCACUUCCAGAAGAUGCCCAAUAGGGAAUGGUUUGAGACCAGCGCCGUGCUUCAUGUCAGCUUGGGGAAUUUCCUGUUUUUCACGAUUCUAGCUGUUCUUAUGAUCGGUAUAAAGAAUCAGAAGGAUCCGCGCGAUCGUCUGCACCAUGGUAGUUGGAUGGCGAAGAUUGUCUGCUGGUGUGUUGUGGUCUUUCUUAUGUUCUUCGUCCCCAAUGGCGUCGUCAGCUUCUUCGUCCCCAAAGGCUCAACCUUUGUGGGCUAUGGUGUCAUUGGGUAA